AAUCGGAACGUUCGACACUUUACGUUGGAACAUGCUAUGCUUAACAUAAAAGUAAACAACUGAUGAAGUUAUCAAAAUAAUUACAGAUUUUUACGGAAUGCAGAGUAUUGUUAAGCAAAAUGGAUAUCGGGUGGUAAAUAAUAAUCAUUCUGAUAUGAAUCCAGUUACGAGAUAUCUCGUUGCGGAUUAUCUGAACUACAGACUCAGCAAACACAACUUGCAAUGGAGGGGUUGCCCUCCUUUGGCGUUAGAUGUAAUCAACAAAGUUCACUUGACGAUGAGGAACUUGGCAGAUGAAUUUGAGAAAAAAUAUGAAGAGGAAUUUACGGACAUGGUGCAGCAACUGCACGUAACGGUAGAUCUUGCUUAUGAGACUUUCUUGGCCGUUGCAGAAGAACUAUUCAAAGAAGGAAUAAUUAACUGGGGUAGAGUUGUUGCAUUGUUUGCAUUUGGAGGGUCUCUGGCAGUGGAAUGCAUGGUUAAAGAGAUGGAACAUUUAGUAGACUCCAUCUAUGAAUGGGUAUCCACAUAUGUACAGGACAAAUUAUCACAUUGGAUCACAGACAACGGAGGAUGGAAUGGGUUAUCUGAGUUUUAUGACCAGGCUGCUGAGAAGAAGAAUGAAAAAAAUGGCUGGCCAUCUUUAGGGAAGUGGUUUGUGGGUGCCGUAGGAGUUCUGGCCCUUGGAGCAAUCUUCACCCAGAAAUCCUAACAGUUCUGUUAAUGAUCCAUUAUAUAUCUGGUGGAGAAAAAUUACGCAAACACAGCUACAAAAUCAAGUCAAACAGAUAAAAGAUGGUUCGGAUACACAAAAAAAGAACUGAUGAAGAAACCGCCCCAUUGGUCUCUUGAAAGACUUUGAGCAAUAUCUGGAAUUUCAUGUAAUCAAGGGGAAUUUCACAGAUUUACUUGAAAAUUAGUUUAACUAACAUGCUGAUUGCACAGAAUAUUUCAGCAAGAAAACAAACAUUAAAAUGUUUAAUAAGCAUCAGUUACAUUGUUAUGAUUUUAUUGCAAAAGUAAGAAAGCAUGAAAAUCAUAAAUACAUCCUGCUGCUGGACAGAUCUAGGCAGUAAAGGAUCCUGGGAUUGUGCUGUCCCAGACAAUAUGGCUGCCAGAACCGACCAAUCAACAUCAAGAGUUGUGUAGAAGAAUUGUUAAUGAUAUAUUUUUUAAUUUCUUAUAUUUUGAGGUCAACUGAGUACAACGUACUCAUGAUGAGCUUUUGUGAUUGCCUUUUAUCAGUUGUGUGUAGUGCAUUGUGCACCAUAAUUUGCUUUUUGAACACUCAUGAUUCCCAUUGUAUUGAUUAAUCAUCUUGAAACUAAGGCAGAACAUUUGUCUCAAUGAUAUAUUGGCCGAAACUGGAUUUUAAGGGAUCUAAAAAAACAAGGUCACUAAGUCAAAUGAUAGGAAAAGCUUCUGAACACUUCAGAGGUCACAUUUAUUGCCCAAUUUUCAUGAAUUAUGGUCAGAACAUUUGUUCCAAUUAUAUCUUUGCAAAGUUUGAUAUUGGGUCACACAGGCUGAAAAACUUUGAUCAUUCUGCAAAAUUAAAGGAAAAUACUGUGAACCAUAUGGAUUGUUGCCCAAUGUUCAUGAAACUUAGUCGGAUCCUCUUGAUGAGUGGGAUAUUGUUCCUACCAUGGAAAAACUUGACUGCCAUUAGAUGCUGCAGUUUCCUUAUGUUGGUAUACUUAAAUCUCCCGAGGUCACGUUUUUUACUUAAUUAUGGUAAAACUUGCACAGAACAUUAAAAAAUUGUUUCCUUAAGAUUUCUGAGCUGUGUUUGAAAAUGAUUAGUUAAAGAAUGGCUGCCAGUUGUUGGGGCAGUUUUCCAUACAAGCCCAUGUUGAAACCUUGUGAGAACUACCUGCUCUGAACUGUAAAGUUCCUUUGGGUCUCAGGUGAGCGCCAUAGAGCCUUUGGCGCUCUUGUUGCAACAAAUUCUUGGAACUCAGAUUUUCCUAUAUUUUAUUUCACAUGGAUGGAGAUGUCUGUUGAAAUACACAACUAUAGUCACUAUUUUAUUAAGGUGAUAAAUGUUGUAAAGGCAGUUGUAAAUAUAAGUAUCUAGCUUAUAGUAGGCAUUUUCUACCUCAUUUGUCAGCUCUUGUGAUUGCGAGUUAUAUUGUUAUGCUCAAGAAAAUUUUCGGUGGAGCAUUUAGUUGCCAGUUUGUCCUUCCUUACUUCCUCCCUUCGGUCACACCUUUGUUACAGUUUCUCAUAGCGCCUUCAAUAUUUUACCGAUCUCUUACAUAUUUGACAUGUAGGUACAUGUACCUUGCACAGACCUCUACCUUUUGAUGAGGUUUGAGGUCACUGGGGUCAAGGUCAAAGUCACAUAGGCUAAUAAUAUAUUUUCUCAAGGUUAAACUUUGAUAUAAGGGGAGAAUCCAUUGUUUUCAACGAUACUUUUAAAAUGUUUCAGUUAAAAGCUGGAAAGGUUAAUCAACAUAAAUACUUACUGAUAAUUCAUGUGGCUUUUUGGACGACAGUUUUGUCAUUAUGCUCUGUACAGUUUCUCUCGUUUCAAUCUGUCAAAAUUAUCUUAAUGUUUUGGUUCAUUUAAACAUAAUAAAGAAAUCUUAAUUUUUUAAUCGAUGCUGUUUUUGUAUGCUGUAUUUAAGUAAGCUGAAUUUCAAAUAAUUGAAGAACAUGGCAACUGUUUUCUCACACUGACGUAAUCGUUUCAAUAACAUUAUACAUAACAAAUAUCAUUAUUCAACAAAAAAAACAUUCACAUCAAGUCAGUAACUUUAUUUUCUUAAGGUUUGUUUAUGAAAAUAUUAUCUGUUAUAUAACAGUUGUUCAUCUUAAAAAAAAAUAUGCAUAACAAUGAAAACAAAACCAAAGAUAGUUGUUGUUUGUGUUGUAAUGAGCUUUUCUGGUGUUGUAUUUGUAAUCUUACUAGAAUUCAAGACAUUGUUUUAUUUCGGCUCUUAUGGUGCUAGGAACAAAAUUAAGAAAGGUCUUUAAUAUCAAUAUGACCUGAAACCACAAUCAAAUAUUUGUUGUAUUAUUUCUGCAUUUUCUGUCAUUUGUUAUGGAGUGAUAUUUGGACGGAUAUGUCAAAGUUUGUGUUUUUUGCUUUUUGUAUGAUGAUUAUUUGUUUCGCUUAUUUUUCGACAUAUGAAGAUUGUUUAGGUUAGAUUCUUUUCAGAAUCUUAUUGAUUAUUGUUUUGGAUUUAUUAAAGUUUUUUUUCAUUCCUAAAAUAUAUUUGUGAAAUUUCGUUUUUAAAAUAAGCAGUAAUUAAAGUGUCGUUUAUGAAUUGUUUUUAUGAAGAAUGAGUGAAUUUGUAUUAUGAAAAAUGAUGAAGCUCUUGUUAGACUUCAGAAUGUUUCAAAUUUUUUAAUAGCAUGAUCUGAAUGGAAACAAAUGUUUUCUUUUAUUGUAGUGAUAGAUUACUUGACUAAAACUAAAUAUUAAUUACAUUUUUUACGUCUUUAAAAUGUGACUUAAUAUGAAAAUGUUAAUCAGUGUCAGAUAAUUAACAUUUUAAAUAAAAAGCACGAUUUAUGGUUUGCAAAAGCAUCUUUCCCCAGGAAAAUAAUCCCCCAAAAAGAUAAUGUGACCUUAACUAAUAAUGCUCAUUUUUUCUUGCUUCCUGAUUGUAUUCAAAGGACUGAUUUGAAAUACUAUUGGAUGACAAUUACAAGUAAAUCAGUGUUUAAUCAGUUUAGAAUGAUUGGGUUUUUUGUCCAAAAAGUCAAGCCAGAACAUUUAGCUUUUUCAUGGCUUUUAAUAGUUUUCUUCAUUUACAAAUGUAGUAUUACUCAUGAAUUGUUGCCAUAGUUUUUUACUUGUGACUCAAAUGUUUGCUGUACAAACAAUUAUUAUGCCAGUCAAUGUUAUUUUAACUUUCUUAUCUCAGACAAUGUCAGCUUGAAUACUAUCAAUUUAGUUGAUUUAAUAUUAUUGUGCGAUUGCGUGUACCAAUAUUAAAGUGAUAGCAUUUCGGGCAUAAUUCAAGCAAUGGUUGUACUGUAUCAGACAAUACAUAAAACUAUAAUUGCUAUAAAAAAUUAUGCAGCAAGUAGUUUGAAAUUAAUGACAUGAUUAUUUUUCUUUCAGAAAUAAAAUAAAUGUAUAUACAAUAUUUGCUUAUCAUUAUUGGUGCUAAAUAAGAUUCAACUGUGGUCACACUGGUUUUUGUGGAAUGGUUAUUACGAGAUUUGAGGUUGGGAUUGUUAUUUCUUUAGAUUUCUGAUAAAAAACCAUUUUGUUGAAAGUUUUACAGACUAAGAUAUUAUAAUAUUGCUCAUUUAACUACUUUGUGUUAUAAACUUGAUGUCACAGCAUUUUUUAACAAUUCAUUUUUCCAAAUAGUAAAAUUGCGGGAGUUAUUUUUAAACAAAACUUGCAUCAUUAAUAAUACACAACAUGUAUAUGCUCUUUUUUUUCUAUGUCAGUGUGUUGUUUUUUUGUGUGAAAAAGUAUUCUUUUUUUGGUAAGAUGAUAAUUUUACUUGGAUGCAAUGCAAUUUUUACAAUUAGUAGUAAAUCAUUUGUUUCUUAAUUUAAAAGUUUUUCAGAAUCUAUUUGAAUAUCCUACCUAAAAACAUGUAUAUAUGUAAAGUGGGUGUGAUUGUUUGCUGGAAAAGGAUUUGUGCAAUAUUGUGAAUUAAUGCUUGUAUACAUGUAUAUACUGUGUAUGACUUUGUCUUGAAACCUUUGUUGUUAUGUUUUUCAUUUCUGUUCAUUAUGCAGAAUAUCAUUUUGUGGCAAUGCUAUCAGAAAUAGCACCAUUGUAAAAUGUUAACUACAAAUUCUGACUCAUUUACAGUAUUUAAGGCAGGAAAUCUGUAUAUGUGUUAAAUAUCAAAGGAAACUGUCUUUUAGAAGUAGGAAACAUGAAUGUCAUGGAAAUUUUGGUUUGUCAACAAGUCCCUUUGAUGGAAUAUGCCGUGUUUAAUGUCAUGAAUACCAUACAAUAUUAGUUGUACAGUGAAACACAGUAAAUCUGCAUUAAAUCACAUACAUGUAGUUUGAAAAAAAUCCCGGCAACAGUCCAAAGUCGCAUGUUCAUUUCCUUUGAGAACUUAUAUAUGUUUAGUUUUUUCCUGUCGUUUUUUUCCAAAUUGAUUUCCUGCCACCUCCUUCCAUUUUCAUCACUCAUGCUGUAAUUUCUUCAUUUGAUGUUUUGUUUCUGUGUGAAAAAACACACACACACACUUUUGUUCAUGUAAUUAUGUAUUUACUCUUUAGGUAUUGUUAUGAGUUUGUUGAUUUACUUUUUAAAUAAAAUUGGACCAAUAGGAAUGGGCAUUUUGCGGUUUUGUGAUCAUUCAUACAUUUGAUCCAGCUUUGAGAAAAAGUGGUUAAACAAUGCAUGUGCAUAAAGUGUCUUCCCAGAUUAGCCUGUGCAGUUUGCACAUUCUAAUCAGGGAUGACACUUUCCGCUUUUAUGAUAUUUUCUGUUUAAGGGAAGUCUCUUUUUAGCUAAAAUCCAGUUAAGGCGGAAAGUGUCGUCCCUGAUUAGCCUUAGUAGACUGCACAGGCUAAUCUGGGACGACACUAAGCACAUGCAUUAAACCCCCUUUUCGCAGAGUGAGGCUCAUUUGUUGUUUCAAAGGCAUGAUGUUAAUGCUAUUACAUUAGCUUGACCAAAUAUGCAAUGAGUUUACUUGUACACACAAUUACAUAAAAAAAAAUAAUUAAGUUUAUGUCUUUGACUGAUGUAAAGUAAAAAUUGCAAGAUGUAAAAAGUUUUUGCAUAAUGAUAUAAAUAUCCAUAGGGAAAUCGUUAGGAGAUUCCUAAAAGUCAUUAAGUUUCUUACUUUUUGAUGGUGAGGUCUUUUUACUGUAAAAUGUUGUAAAUAAUUUAAUAUUGCAAACAUGAUAAAUUAUGAUUUUAAAUAUUUAUUUGUAUGCAGAAGAAAUAAUCGGUUUUCACAUAAAAAAUAUAAUCUGAAAUGUCCAACAGUAGAAGUAAAUUCAAAUUGAAAUAAAAUGACAUGUGCAGGCCAUUAUGACUAUAGUAGUGACCUUGCUUUAGGUACUUAAACCUUUUAGUGGCAAAAUCAUAUGUUUGAUAUGUCAGUUCUGAAAAGGCACACUAGGUUAUUUUGUAAGAAUGCUACAUAUACAAAUAUAUAUAUAUAUAUAUUAUAUAACAUACCUAACUAUAAAAUAGUAACAAAAUACUGUUGUUUUUCUUUUGAUGUGGCUUUUAGAAGGCCAGUCAUACCCAAAAGGUUGGCUUAUGUUGCUUUUCUACUUUCUGUGGUACCAAAUACCUGAUGGUAUCGAAUACACUAUCUUUUUCACACGACCUUGUUUACUGUAAAAGGCGUCAUUAGCAAUUGACAUAUGUCUGCUUUGAAAUGUACGCUUGCAGUUUCAUUGGGAUUUUUGGGAUUAGAUAGACAAGUUCAUGAAUAUGAUGAUAGAAUAUACCUAUAAUCCAUAACUUGGUAAUAACACAACACUUGUUUUGAUAUGUAACAAAUAUGGGUUUCUUUUGGUUAAAAUCUUAUAGAUUUUUUAUCGGGUAGGAAUAAGGUACAUGCACAGAUGAUGUCACAUUAGGUAAUUUUUAGUUAUUUUUUGCGUUGUUUUUAAAUAAAAAUAACAAACAUACAUUCAAUGCACAUACCGGUACUUAAGUAAUUGUGCUUUACUAUGCAGUGCAUUGUUACGCGUUUAAGGUAUGUUAUAAAUAUGUUACAACAUGGCUUUGGUGUGCCAUGGGCCCAUGUAGGCUUGCCUUUUGGGACAUUGAAGUAAGAUUUUCAAAAAAUGAUCUAAAGUUUAUGAUGAGCUUUUCUUCUGUACAACACUGACACUAUUCAAUGUUCACAUUGUUAACUUAGAUAUAAAAAAAAGAUUACAUUUCUGACAAAAAAUGUUAAAAGUUUUUGUUUAUUGAUUGAUACUCACCAAUUGAA